AUGGCACUCUCCUUGGGCACCCGAGUGGUAGUGCAACGAGGACGUUCUGAGGGCACCAGAGGAGUCGUCUUGGAUAUCGACCGAGAUGCGGGCUGCUGCAAAGUGGCCUUCGAUGAGAAUCCAUCAGUGCCUGCCAAGGUCGCCAUCCGGCAUUUAUCGCCUGAUCUGGAUAGCUACCGAUCCACCUUGUGGUAUUCGCAGGACAAACUACUUGACGUCCGAUCGGAUGAGGCCUUGGCCGAAGUCAUCGAGGCCUGCGCGCAGGCGGAAAUCAACCCUCCGCGAAAACUUGGCUCACAUAAGCAUCGCCGCGUCGCCAUGGCCAUCCGCAUCACUUUGCUCCUCCUCCUCCUGCCCUUGGCUGGCGCCUCACUGCUGGAAGCGGUGAAGAAAGGAGAUUUGAAAGAUGUGAAGAAGGCCUUGGCCUCGGAGGCCUCUGAGAUCAAUGAACAAGACGAAAAUGGCAUGACGCCUCUGAUGCGGGCUGGCAACAAGAACUCCACAGAGAUGGUGAAGGCCAUCUUGGCAAAGAAUCCAGACUUGAACCUGGUGAAGAAGGCCUUGGCCUUCGAGGCCUCUGAGAUCAAUGAACAAGACGAAAAUGGCGUGACGCCUCUGAUGCGGGCAGCCAACAAGAACUCCACAGAGAUGGUGAAGGCCAUCUUGACUUGA